UAUUGUUCGAUGUGUUGUGAUGUACAUUAUACCGGUUUUCAUCUGAUUUGAAAAUUGUGUCUGGUGGGUGACAGUGAUAACGACAGCGUAAAAAUUGUCACUCGACACUGUUGUGCAAGCUACUCCGUAAAUUACAAAUGACUCGUACUGAAAAUUGUUUAUAGUUUCGAGAAAAGACGGGAAGACUUUGCCGCUUAUUUUGUGAGUUUGUUUGUUAUUAAACGCUGUAUUUACUAUGUCCAGGCAGAACAGUGGUAAUGUAAAAAGUGUGUAUGAAGAACAAGGUUCGAAAGGCUGGGAAGGGAAUGAUGAUGCCGGCAGUGAAACAUCUUGUGAUUCUUGUGAUUUGAAGAUUGAUAUACCAGAGAAUGAAGUUUCGGAUGUGAAACAGCGUGGUCGUAAAAGGAAAUAUCAAGAUAUAGAACCAGAUGAAGAAAUGAUGGCAGUAAUUAGCGGCAUGGAGGAAGAAAUUGAAAGACAGCUCGAUGCAAAAGCUGCAAAAUCACAUUUGACAGCAACAAAUGUCAAAAAUAUUCUGAAGACUAUUAUAACAGAUGAACAUGUUCUUGGAAUGGUGCGCCAAGCUCUUUUGGGGAAGUGUGAUUCUCUAGAUAUACCAUACGAACCGAAGAUUACUAGAGCAAAAGCAAAACAGAUGCAAGGAUCACAGCCCACCUCAGCUAUAGGAACACCUGUGAAACGACAGGCAACUUCAAAGUGUCGUGUUUUAAUUGAGCAAGAAUUGCCAGAGGACUCAAGUGAUGAUGAAGAAUAUCAGCCCACUGAUGAUCAGGAGCAGAGUGAUGACGAUAAAGAGAUGGAAACAACAAAGGAGAGCAAUGAUGGCAGUAUUAAAAGUGGUGGCGAGGAUACAGAAGGAGAAGGUGAAGAAAUAGUGGAAGAAGAGGAAGAUGUUGAUGAAGAAAAAGAAGCAGGAGAUGAAGAAGCAGAAGAAGAAUCAGAGAAGGAAAGUGAUAGUGGGAGUGAAAGUGAAAAUGAAAGUGGCAGUGACUCAGAAGAGGGAGAAGAAAAUAAAGACAAUACCGCUGAGGUUCAUCACGAGGGUUUGGAAAUCGAUUGUGAUGAGGAACUGGAAAGUGAAAGUGAAGAAAGCAGUAGUAGUGGAAGUGAUGAGGAGACAGACAGUGAAUAUGAUACGGGUGGAGACAAAGGUGUCACGCAAAACAAAGUUGAUGAUUGUGAGGAAUCUAGAGCAGAUAUGACUCCCACAAAAGAGCUAAAUGAAAAGCAGCUUUCCGCUGAAAUAAACAGUCAUAAGGUGCCUGUGGAUACUGCUCAUGUUAACGACUCAGAUAAUACAUGCAGUAAAUCAGAGAGAUCACCACACGUAUCAUUUUUGCUACCUGAUGAACAUCAUAGUGAGAUGCAUUUAACAGAUGAUUGCUCGAACUUGUCAGCAAAAGAUAAUUUAGGUGGGAUAGGAAAAGAAAGUAUUGGUCAGAGAACAAGAUCCAAACUGUCUCUGAGUGACACACCGCUCGAGGCUAUAGAGCGUGCUUUUAUUCCUCCUGAUAUAACAACAGAUAUGUAUGACUCUGAAUGUGAUGAUGAAGAUUGGAAGAAUUUCCUGAAAGGUUUUACAGAGCCAUUAUUGCCAGAUAUGAACAAUACACUGGAUGAUGAUGAAGAUGCUGACCCAGAGUACAACAUUCUAGCUGAUGUGGAAGAGGCUGAAAUGGAAGAGGAGAAAGAAGAUAAGAAAGAAGAGUGUAGAAUAGAUCGUGCAGUGAAAGUCUCUAAGAAAGAAGUAAAUGCGCUUGUUAAAGAACUGUUCAAAAUGGCAGGUUUCCUUUCAAGUAGUGAUGAUGAAGAUGAUGAUAGCAAAAAAAUAACAAACAACCAGGUGCAGCCACCAGCAAAAGAAAAUGAAACUAAUUCUGAGCAAGUGUCUUUAACAUCUGAGCAGCGGCUACUUCUCGAUCAGCAGAUGAGGCAACAUGUUCAAUUCACUACACAGAACUACUUGCAGACUUUCUGUCAUCCAAAAUACAACGUAUAUGCAGCAGAAUGUAAAGGUUAUUUGGUUAAUCUUUCCUAUUUAUCGGGAAAUAAUCCAAAAUCAGCAUUUUAUGCUGGAAAUCUGAAGGAAGCUUUAGCUUUAAUAGAGGAUUGGGAAAACUAUUUUUCUUCUGAAAAUAGGCGACGAGAUUUGACAAGGUUCAUUCAGACACAGAUAAACAAAAGAUUGUGGUUGAAAAAUGUCAAGAAAAAGGCAUAUCUAAGUAUGUGUGAGUUUCCUGCAAAAAUGAUGGAGAUCGUGAGUAAUAGCAAAGUUUUCAUGUAUCCAUUAUUGUUGCCGCCCCAACCCUUCCGCUGUGACGGCCCUGCUAGGCCUUGCUUUGUUCGUGGUGAAGAACAAUUAUUGGUGAUAGGAUUAGAGCAAUUCAUGGAUUAUGCGCAAAAAAACCCAGAGUAUUUCCCGAAGAAGCUGAUAUAUUGCAAUGUUACUCCAUACAUUUCCAAACUAAUGAUGCCUCCCAAGGAACCAAGGCAGCUGUAUCUUUACAUUUACAAACAUGCCAAUGAGCAUCCUUUUAAGCAUUAUUUUGAACAUCAGAAGGCACCAGGGACAAUUCACUAUGUUCUCCCAUAUGCUUCAAACACGAUAAAAGCACCAAAAGAUCAUCCUAAGGACCUUCUUCCAGAAAUAUGGUUGAGGUACAUCCAUCCAAAAGAACAGAAAACGUAAAACACAUUAAUGGCAUUCCCACUUGUUCAUUGGUGAUGUAUUGAGAAUACUAGCCAUUACGUCAAUGAAAACUGAGUCUGAACAUGUAUUAGGUAUAAAUUUGAGUUUGUAUUGUGUUAUAAACAUUGUACAUUCUGAUGUGUAGAGUUAAGGCACAUUAAUUAUAAGACUGAUAACUGCUGUGAUCGCAUUUAAACAUGCCUAGUCUUAAAAAAAUAAUGUGAAAUACUUAAGAAGAUUGUUAGAAGCUUUAUUUUCUUUAAAAUAAGGUCUCAAGAUUUGUAGAUACUACAUGUACUGUUUCUCUUUCUACUUUGUAUUAUUUAGUUCUUUUCUUUCUUCUAGACUCUAGGAUUAUUGAGUCAGUGAUGAAACUGUAUGAUUGUGCAUCCAUGAACUGUGGUUGCUUGUGUGUACAUUUGUUCACUCAGAAAUGCAAAUAACAUUGAAGCAUUUGUAUUUAAGCAGAAGAAAAAUGUCUGUGUCACAACAGGGCCCUUUGCAACUGAAUAAAGUGUUGCUGGAACAAAGUUGUUCUAAAGCUUGAAGUUGAAGACAAAAGCAACAUCUUAAAUUUCAUAAUCUUUAAUUUCUGGUACUGAAGACUGCUGUUUUUGACAGGUGUACUCUUAUGUUUGACUUUUGUUCAUGUAGCAAGUUUCUUUAGAUUCCUAAAUGAUGUACCAAUCUCUUAGAAGUUUGGACUUUUCCCAAACAGUACCUAGUUUUGUUGAGAAAGAGAUGGAAGCAGCAGAUGGUAAUUAUGUAAUCAGUACAAGUGGUUGUGAAGUGGUGCAUGAAAGUGAACUGUAUUGUUUUUGUAAACUCCAGAAUCUGACUGACUCUCACUAGUUCAUUUAGCUGAUACGGAAACUUGGUUUGUUUUCAUUUUAUCUUGUAUGUGAAAGUGAAUUGUCUACAAUAACAUCCAGGUUUUCUAUUUACUUACAAAUGAGUGCUGCAUUAUAAGUUUAUAACUUUUUUGUUAUUGCUAAUGUCAGAGUAAUUGUUUUGCAUUUUUUAUAUUAUUUACAAACAACGUAGAUCUUAAAUUUUCUACAGAGAACCGUGUAAAUAUUUGAAGUAUGCCUAAAUUUACUCAUUGAAAAGGCAAUUUCUGUGAAACAUUUGUUGAUAAGAUUUUGUUAUGUGUACAUAC